AUGCAGCAUGGACCACCAGGCUGGCCAGGUGGACAAUAUCCACCCAAUGCAAUGAUGCCACCACCACAUAUGAUGAUGAUGCCGCCGUUGAUACCUCCACCAGGAGCAGUUGGAAUGAAUGGAGGAAUGAAGAUGGAAGAAGGUUUUGGUAGUUCAGCAUCACAAGAGAAGAAAACGUUAUGGACUGAACAUAAAGCACCAGACGGACGUACUUAUUACUACAAUUCUAUAUCGAAAGAAUCUCGAUGGGAAAAGCCUGAUGAAUUGAAAACACCAGCUGAAUUGAUGUUAUCACAAUGUCCAUGGCGAGAAUACAAAGCGGAAAACGGUCGUAUUUAUUAUCAUAAUGUUGAUACAAAGGAAUCUCGAUGGACGAAACCGAAAGAACUAGAGGAUAUCGAAAAGAUGGCUCCACAACAACAAGUUCUAACAGAAUCACCCAGCGCUACUGGUUCUCCUGCAACCGCUCUGACACCAAACAUACCGCCACCAAUGAUACCACCCUUUGGCAUGAUGCCACCAAUGAUGCCGCCUUUCAGCGCUUUCCCUCCUCCAACAAUGAUGGCUGGUAUGCAACAGAUGACUGCUUCGCCAGUAGUCAACGAUGUUGAGUUAGGUUCGAAUGAAAACAGUCGUGAUGGUAGUGAAGAUGCGAGUAGUGAUCGGGUGGGAAACAAUAGCCCUGCAAUUAAUAACGAGCCACAAGUUAAAAUUGAAUAUGCAUCGAAGAAGGAAGCAAUGGAUGCAUUUCGAGAAUUACUCCGAGAGAAAAAUGUCCCGUCAAAUUCCACGUGGGAACAAGCUUUGAAGUUAAUUGGAAAUGAUCCACGAUAUGCAGCGAUCAAACAUAUCAAUGAAAAGAAACAAACAUUCAAUGCUUACAAAGUUUCGCGUGUCAAAGAAGAGAAAGAAGCCGAACGUUUGAAGUUGAAACAAAUUAAAGAAGAAUUCGAAACCUACUUACAAAAUUGCGAACAUAUGAAUUCCACGAUUAAAUACAAAGAAGCAGAAAAAUUAUUCGGACGUUUACAGGUAUGGUCAGCUGUACCCGAACGUGAUCGACGAGAUCUAUUUGAAGAUGUUGUUAGUUACUUAGAUAAGAAAGAAAGAGAAGAAGCCAGAGCAUUGAAGAAACGUAAUGUUCAAGCGUUGAAAGAUAUUCUAUCCAAUAUGCCCAAAGUGAAUUAUCGAACAACGUGGAAAAAAGCACGACGUCUCCUAAUUGACAAUACUGAGUUUGCUAAUGAUAUCGAAUUGCAAAAUAUGGACAGAGAAGAUGCAUUGAUUGUCUUCGAAGAUCAUAUUCGUGAACUAGAAAGAGUACAUGAAGAUGAAAUGGAAACUCAACGAAAAUUUCUUCGACGAACAAAUCGAAAAAAUCGAGAAGCAUUCUUAUACUUUCUUGAUGAAUUACACGAUCAAGGCAAACUUCAUUCAAUGUCACUAUGGUCCGAACUAUUCGGUAUAAUCUCCAAUGAUGAACGAUUUAGUAAAAUGCUCGGCCAACCCGGUUCAACCCCAUUAGAUUUAUUUAAACUUUAUGUUGAUGACUUAAAAGCCCGCUAUCAUGAUGAAAAGAAGACCGUCAAAGAAAUCCUGAGAGAUAAAGGAUAUGCGAUCGAUAUUGAUUCAACAUUUGAAAAGUUUGCUGAAAUUAUUUCCACAGACAAACGAGCAGCAGUCUUGGACGCUGGAAACAUCAAAUUAACAUUCAAUGACUUAAUGGAACGAGCUGAAUCAAAAGAAAAGGAUCGUUUAAAAGAGGAAGCACGAAAACAAAAACGACUUGAAUCAAAUUUUAAACUUCUAUUGAAGAAUAGACUCGAUUCACUAACGGAACAAUCGAAAUGGGAAGACGUCAAAGGACAAAUUGAAAAUGAUAAUGAUUAUCUUGCACUCUCAUCAGAUGCAGAUCGAAUCCGUCUGUUUGAAGACUAUCAUCGACAAGUAGUUGCGGAAGCACAAGCGGCUGCAGCGCAUCAUUCACAUCACCAUCAUAAAAAAGCUCGAAAAGAGAAGAAAAAGCGUAAACAUGAAAAAUCAGCGAGCAGUACAGCAGUCGCAAGUGAUUCCGAAGGUGAAGAAAAGAAGAAAUCUAGCUCAUUGGCCGAAGCAGCAGCUCCUGUAGCGUCCACAUUCGAACCAGUUCCAACGGAAGCAGUUGGAAGCGACGAAGGCGAAACGAAAGAUAGUGAUGGUGGUGUUCCGACGAGCACAGGCCCGGCAGCUUCAGUGAGCGAAUCAACGAGUGGAACGAAAUCGAAAAAGAGUAAGAAAUCAAAGAAAAAACGCAAGAAGAAAGCUGCAUCGGCCCAUUCAUCGAGUGACACCGAAUCGGGCGAAGAAUCAACAAGCGGAUCAACAAAGAAGAAAAAGAAAAAAGACAAAUAA